AUGGGUGUGUUCUUGUGCAGUGAAAACUGUGCUAAGGACAGUUCUCAGGUUUCAACACAGAAGGUGGCAUCACAGACCUGCUUGUAUCCAUGCCAGUGCCCAUCACAGACACUCCAGUGUCCUGCUGGCACCAGUCUUCUGCUGGAUGGCUGUGGGUGCUGCAAAGUGUGUGCCAGGCAGCUUGGCGAACUUUGUUCCCUGCAGAAACCCUGUGACCACCAUAAGGAUCUCUACUGUGACUUCUCCAAAAUCCAUAAAGACAAUGGCAUCUGCUUAGCUCAUGAAGGGGCGACGUGUGACCUUUUGGGGAAGAUCUACCGCAAUGGCGAGAGCUUCCAGCCCAACUGUAAGCUGCAGUGCAUCUGCAUGGAUGGGGUUAUCGGCUGCGUCCCCCUUUGCACAGAUGGAGUGCAGCUCCCUUCAGCCGACUGCCCUUUCCCUCAUCGGGUGAAAGUGAAGAACAAAUGCUGUGAAGAGUGGGUCUGUGAAAGGGGCAGUCGGAAGAACCACCAUGGAAAGGAUACAGCAGUUUCAUUCCACAGGAACAAUCCAGUGCACAAACCCAAGCUGAAGUCCAAGCCCAGGCCCAAUCUCAAGAUGAACAGCCUUCAAGACAAUUGCUUGGUGCAAACCACCAAAUGGAGUCCCUGCUCCAAGACAUGUGGGAUGGGCAUCUCAACACGAAUCACAAACAAUAACUACCAGUGCCAUCUGGAGAAGGAGAGUAGGCUGUGCAUGAUCCGGUUCUGCAAUGUCCCCUUGGAGAAGACCAUCAAGAAGGGAAAGAAGUGUGUGAGGAACGCAAAGCCUUCCCAACCCAUACGCUUUGAGUUCACGGGCUGCACCAGCACCCGAUCCUACCGGCCCAAGUUCUGUGGCCGCUGCACAGAUGGGCGGUGUUGCACUCCACUCAUUACCAGCACCACAGAAGUGGAAUUCAGGUGUCCAGAAGGUGACUCUUUUGUUCGCAAGAUGAUGAUGAUCAAAUCCUGUUCCUGCCACAAUGAUUGCCCCACAGAAAAUGAUAUCUUCCUGGCGAUCUACCGACGGCGAAUGAUUGGGGACCAUGUCAAGCUGGAUAGGCAGUAGUGUGGAAAAGAGUGUGGAAGAAAGGUGUGUGGGAAAUUAAUUUUUGGACUAUAACUCCCAGAAUCCCCUAGUCAUCAUGACCAAUAGCCAUGCUGGUGGUGGGAAUCCAAGAGUUGUAAACCAAUAAAUUAUCUUUUACAUAUCUGCAUACUAGGACUUUAUCCUUACAUGUCUCUAUAAAGCCAACUGGCUAUGACUGUGAAAGGAUCAGAGAUAUUUCUGCUGCUGACAUUUUGAAAGAAGCAGAUCCUGAUGAAGAAGGUUCUUGGUUACAGGGGCAUUAGAAGCCAUCCACUUGGUUUUCCACAAGCCCAAAACUCAUCUGAAACUCCAGAUCCACACUUCCUUCCCCUAUCAUUUUCUGAUCUAGCUCUCACAACAAACUUUGGCUUUAGGCAAUUUUGAUCAUAGAGAUAUUGUACAUGGGGGGCAGGGGCAGACUUGAGGGUUGUUGUAUCUACUUUGUUGUUGUUGUUGUUUAAUAGAACUCCAAGAUCCAUGAAGCAGAGUGCAAUGUUACAGACUUAAACACUGGAAUGAAAGAAAACUAUGCUUCAGGACUCUGACUGAUGCAAACGAUAUAACUUGUUCUCCAAAGGCAAAAUAUUCAAGGAACAUACAGAAUGGCUGGUGCACCAGAGCUUAUUUCAAGUGCUGUACUCCUUGCACUGCAGUAAAAUCAUAACCUGAAAACAGCAUAGUCGGUUCUCAAGGUCCUGAUUGUCUUGCAAAAUAGACACAGGAACAAGAUGAAAAGUGAGACUUUGAAAGUUUUGCAUGGCAGGGGGUUGGGCUGGAUGGCCCUUGCGGUCUCUUCCAACUCUAUUAUUCUAUGAUUCUAUGACAUAUACUGUAAUAUGAUCUACCACAUAAGAUAAUUUACCUGCAAGAUAUCAUUGAGCUGCACCUCUUGAUUCUUGGCAAAGGAGUUCACAUUAUAUAUUUCCAGAAGAUUUGUUUUAAACAUUGGAUUUUUUGCAGGUUAGAACCUCUUUCUUUUUCUCUCUUUUUAUCUGCCUCCAAAGAACAUCUAGAAUACCCCUUUAGAGACCCUUUCCCAACUGAAAUGUAUAUAACAUGAAAAACAUUAUUUUUAAGCCUUUGUACAGUUUCUUAAACACAUUUUUGUACUGGUUGUUUUUAUUUGUUUUUCUUCUUUUCUUGUUGCUUUUUUAAACCUCUCACUUCCUGGUAUCUAAA